CUACUGCACCACCCGGUGGAAGACAACAUACGACAGCCGCACGUUCAAACACUUAACGCACACAAUGAGCCAAGCGGCAGAUCCCACAGACAGACCCGCAAGCAAUCAAGUCCCCGAAAAUGCAGCAGAUAAAAGCGUUGCGCGGGGUUUGGGAAAGACGGGAAUGAACGUCGACGUGCAACAAUACAUGAACAUGAACCAUUUCGAGCAGCUCAUGGUGCUCUUCCAGGAACAUGAGGACGAGACGGGGGAAGGCGGGUUUGAUAUCGACAAGUUUAGGGAGGUGUUUGGCAUUGUAGUAGGCGGCAACCUAACACACGACCAGAUGACGAUGCUGUUUAUGAAGAUUGACGCAAACAGCGAUGGGAGUGUGGAUUGGGAUGAGUUUAGUACUUAUAUGAUGGGUAGGGCUAAGGAGAAUUCCGAGGCGCAAAGCAUCUUCGACGAACGCGUCCGCAAGCUCUUCAACUCCCCGCACAAGGACAUCAUCCGGUACAUCGACUACAUCGCCAAAGAGCGCAAAUACAUCACCGUCAGCCGCGAGGGGACGGUCUGUUACUGGUCCUCCACCCUGAAACUGCAGCGGAUCAUCGCCGCCAAGGAUUUCAAUCGCCAUGCGUGGGUGGCUGAUGCGGUGUACCUGGCGGAACAUAAUCGGUUGAUUACGGUGACGGAUGAUCGACAUUUCUGCGUACAUGACAUAGCCUCCGUCAAGCCGCGCCUGGUCGUGACGCUGGGGCAGUUGGAGCAUAACCCGCUGUGCAUCGCCUACGGAGGCCACCUAGACGAAGACCGCGACCUUAUCCUCUUUGGCGACGAAGGCGGCUACGUCAACGUGCUCAACAUCACGCGCAAGUUCCUCACCGAUAACGAAGCCCACGAGGAACUCUCCCCGUUGAAGCUGAGCAAAAAGGACUCGUUGAAGAAACAUAACGCUACGUUCCUCCGUCGAAAAGUGCACAACGACUGGGUCACCCGCGUCCACUACUACCCCGAAAUCAACGCGUUCAUCUCCUGCGCGCCCGAAAGCAUCCGCUCCCUCGUCAUCGGCGACAUCGAGCGCAAAAGCUUCCGCAGCGUCAACGUGCCCAAAGGGAUCAAAUGCUUCGAGUUUUGUCGCCGCCCAUCGUUUCUGGUUACGGGCGGGAGGGAUAAGAUCAUACGGCUGUGGAACCCAUAUGUUCUCUCCAAACCCGCCGGCACGCUGCACGGCCACACCGCCGCGAUCGCUAACAUCUGCGUUAACCACGAGGAAGGGCAUAUCAUCUCCCUGUCCGAGGACCGGGUGAUAAAGAUCUGGUCCGCCCGCAGCCUCAACUGCAUGCAAACGCUCGCCGAAAAGAUCCCGCAGAAACCGGACGACCUGAUCUCGGCCAUCUUCUUCGACCAGUGGAACGGGCAGCUGGUCAUGGGGAGUGAGAAGUUGCAGAGUUGGCCGCUGUAUAAAACCCAUCGCGCGGCUGUGUCGAGGAGCCAUGACGCUGGCGUCGUCGCUGCCAUGUUCAACGAGAACUUCCAUCAGGUGGUCAGCGGCGCGCAGGACGGCACGAUCUGUAUCUGGGACAUUGCGACGGGCGAGCGCGCGUUCUCGUAUCAUAACGCUCAUGGGAAACUGGAAAUCACAGCAAUGUGUUUCGACCGCAGCGGCCGCCGGCUCGUCACGGGCAGUCGGGACGGGGUUAUCAAGAUGUGGAACUUCAACAACGGCCAAAUCCUCCGCCGCAUGAACAAAGACAACGCGUUGGAAGUCACCGACGUGCUCUACGUCGAGAUGGGAGCAAACCGGUUCAUCGUAGGCGUGGGCUGGGACCGCAAAGUGACGAUAUUCCUGGACGACCCGGGCCAUUUCGAGGCGCGGCCGGUGCGGAUCAUGCAUGGGGGCGGGGCGGGGACGCAUCGGGGACAUCAGGAUGAUAUCUCCUCGGUCGCGUUCGCCCCGCCCUCGGUGCUCGCCACCGCAAGCGUCGACGGGAUCAUCGUCAUCUGGAGUCUCGAGUCCGGCUACAUGAAGCUGACCCUCUCGGAACCGUUCCUGGACCUCCGCUCGAAAGAAGAAAAAUCGAUCGAAAAGAUCGUGUUCAUGCCCUCGCUCGAUAGGCGGUCCAAGAAGGUGCCCGUGCUGGUGUCCGUGCAUGCCGAUGGGUGUCUGAGGGCGUGGGAUGCCGGGGAGGGGGGGAUGGUGUUCGAGAUGAACUGCCAGGCGUCGGAGGACGAGGGCCUGACGGUGAUGUCGAUCAGCUCGGAUGGGGGGUUGAUUAUCCUGGGCGGGUCGAAGGGGCAUGUUAGGGUGUUGGAUGUCAACCCCGCCGCGCUGGCGGCUAGACCCCCGGGAGGAGGAGGGAACGGGGACCCGUUCUGUGUGCAGAAGACGAUCUGGAGGGCGCAUAUGCAGAGUAUCUCCAGCGUCAACUACGCCAACGUCCACAACAUCAUCCUCACAUGCUCCAAAGACUGCACGAUCCGAGUCUGGACGCUCUCGGGCACCCACAUCGGGAUCUUCGGGCAAGACACGCCGUGGAUCCUCGGCGACGCGUCCACGUACCGCCCGCACCCGGAGGACGUGCAGCAGGCGGCGCGGAUGGAGGCGGAGUACAUGCGGAUGAUCGUGCGCCAUCAGGAGGGGCUGAAGAAGAAUGUCAUUGAGAGUUGGAGGGGGUUGAGGGGUGCCGGGGCCGUGAGUGCGGUUUUGGGCGACGACGACCCACCGCGGCAGGUGACGGACCCGAAGGAGGGAGACUCACCGACCGAGGACCGGUCGUCGGCCUCCUCGACGCCCGACAAUCAGCAGAUCUUUGAACCCGGCGAACGGGCCGAGUCACAACCUCUGGAAUCGGGCGGGAAAGCGCGCGGCGGGACGGCGAUGGCGGAUAUCAAGCGGAUGCGGGUGCGGGCGAUCCGGAUGCAGGCUUUGACGAAAUGGUUUGAUGUAUACGAACGCCGAAAAUGUGCGGCGGAUUGGACUGUUACGCCUGAUUUGACGGGUGGCGGGUCGCAGACAAAGGCCCACCACUUCGCCCUCCGCCCCCCGACGAAACCGCACCCCCCGCGCCCGCGCCUCAACGUCAGUUCCUCGGCGGUAUACCACAUGCUCGCAUACUACCCGCUCGCGCAGAUCGAGGUGCCGAGCAUGCUGGGUGGGAAGCGGAGGGGCGCGGGUGACAAGGCGGGCGUCGACGUUGCCGUGGGCGGGAAGACGGGGGGGUUGCCGAGUUUGAGGAAGGAACGGGGGAUCCCGCAGGUGGCGGGGAAACAGAAUGCGAUCAAACUGGCCGAUUGAGAUCCCCCAUCUGUAUAGCUAUAGAGCGUCCGUGGUUUUACAUCAUCUCCGACCCGCUCCUAACAGAUGAAAGUACCUCUGUUCGUUGUGUAUAUAUCACGCUGUACUGUACUUUGUGUGUUACCCCAAUGACGAUGUGUGUGAUGCAUAAUGGAA